CGGCGAGGAGGAGGAGGAGGAGGGGGAGGGUGUGUUCUUGAGCCCCCUCCCCUCGGUGUCGGAGGUGGAGAGAGGAGGAGACCGGCGGCGGAGGCGGGAGGAGGAGGAAGUAGAGGCGGCGGAGAAUAGCGGGCAAAUGGAGCUCUUGAAAGGCUGCGAGAGGUCCGGAGGAAGGAGCUGAGCCGUGCGAGCGGUUUCGAUUCGCCCCUUUCCGCCGCCCAGCCCAACCCAGCCGGGGCUCUGGCUUAUAAACUCCGAAGUGCCGCCGCCUCCGCCUCAGACGGCGGUUUCCCCAGAAAAAAAGCCCAGCCGCGCCGUCUCUACCCCUCCUAUCUAUUCCCUCACCCAGGGCGGGUGGAAAGAGAAAGCUCUCCCUCCGCCGGAGGCAACCUUCUCGCCGGCUCGGAACCUUUCCGGAUUCGCCGAGCCUCUCGGAGGGCCUGCAGAAAAGGGUUGCACCGAACUUGCUGCUGCUGCUGCUCGCCUCGCUCCUUUGCCUCCCCGCCUCGGCCAUGCCCCGUCGAUGGCGUGAGGAAGUUUCCUGAUGGCUGCUGAGAGGUUCCUCUUCUCUUCCAUCCCUACCUCUCCGCUCCGGCCGAGGCUUGCGGUGCUUUCGCCCCCCGUGGCCGCCUCUGGGUGAAAUGCUGAAGAACUGGGCCCCCUCUUCGCCUUUUCCCUAGUUCCAGGCUUUUUUCUUUCUUUCUUUUUUUUUUCUUUUUGGAAAUCGAAAACGGGUGUCCUCUUAACGGCCGUAAUUACUUCGGAGUAAGGUGUCGGCAUCCUUGGCGAGAGGGGAGGAGAGGAAUCCUUCCCAAUUCUUCUCUCUUCAGAAGAACGGCAUGCUCUGCUGAAGGGGGGCAACAAGAUGCAGACCUUCUUGAAAGGGAAAAGGGUGGGUUAUUGGCUGAGCGAGAAGAAAAUCAAGAAGCUUAAUUUCCAAGCCUUUGCAGAUCUUUGCAGGAAAAGAGGGAUAGAAGUUAUACAGGUAGUCCUUGAGCUACAAGCGAUUGAAAUUAUGAUAGCGCUGAACAACUGGCCCCCAGACUUCCAGCCAUCUCUCUGCGGUCACAUGGUCAUGAUUUGGGUACUUGGCAAUCAAUCUGUACUUACAACUGUUUGCAGCACCCCAUGAUCACAUGGUCACUUCCCUGCUGGCUUCCCCAGAAAGUCAAUGGGAAGCACGGUAGGGAAAAUAGCAAUUCACUGCAAUAAAUCACGAUGCCAGCCACUCAUGUACUCUUACCAUGUCUCCCUCAUACCCCCAUGCACCCUUUCCAACUCACAUUUCACCCUUAUGCACCCUCAUAUACCCUCCCUGAAUCAUGCUUCUCAUGCAACCUCGUGCAACCUUUCUGACCACACCAUGCCUUUCACACACCAUCUUACACUUGUCUAGACUCAUGUAGUGCCUCUGGGGCACCCUCACACAACUUCCCCAACCUGUACUUCUUACAUAGCACAGUGCAAUCUCCAGACCUUCAUUGUACCUCUAGUAUAUUCCUUCACUUCCUCGCACACCCAUCCUGACUUAUGCCUCUCACACAUUCUCCCUGACCCUCCCCUCCAACUUAUACUUUCCCUGUCUCUCUGUGCUCAUGACAUACCAACCAUUUACACACCUUCCUCACCCUCACUGCGCCUUCCUUGCUUUCCAAUUGCAUCAUUUAGCAAUGAAAAUUCCUGUCCCAAUUGCCAUCAUAAUCAAGGACUACCUAUAUACUUCCCAAAUCCAUUCAAAGUCUUUAAGGAGAUACUCCUAGCAAAAAAAUAGUACAAAGUGAAAUAGUGACCACACAAUUCAUUCUAAUAUAAAUAUCUUCAAACAUAAAUAUUCGGUGCCUCAAGGAUCAUUGUUCUUAGUAAGAGAUAUCUUGUGACAUAUGCAUUAAUUAAAAACGUGUGUAUCUUCCUGAAGC